AUGCGACUCUUCUGUUUGGCAGGCGAUGGCACACACCAUUGGGCCAUGGGUCAAAAUCUUGAUCCAAAGCUCCUCAUCACACCAGAAAAUAAAGGCAUUCUUGAUUUCCGAAAUCCCAUUCAUAUGAGCGAUUGGCAAAUUUUUCCAUACAUCUUCCCCCACUGCUACUCCACCGAGGUAGAUGGGCAAAGUGAAGAAAAUGAGGAAGAUGGUGAUGAUGAUGAAGAGGAGGAGGAGCCCCACCAUGCUUCUCCCACCGGUGGUGCCAGCUCAUCCCAUUUUGUUGCACCGCCGCCUUAUCAUCAACAGUAUAUGGAUGAAUUCCUGUCAAUAUAUACCCGUCUCGACACCUACCAGCAGGAUAUUACCAGCCUGACCCAGAAUUUUUCCACCUUCACCACCCAGUACACUCAGGAUCAAGAACAUCAGUGUAAAUAUGAGGAUGACUUUUGGGCUUAG